CCACCGGGACCCGGUUCCGCCCCCCCCCGCGGCACCCCGGGGGUGGGACCACGAGGAGUCCCGCCCUUCUGACGCCACUUCCUGCGGGAGCGCCCCGGUGCCGGUACCGGGCCAUGGUGGUGCUGCGCGGCGGUGCGGGCCCCGAGGAGCCCUACCCGAGGAUCGAGGACUGCUUGCCCCCACUGGAGGAUUCGCCAUCCAAGAGGUUCUCCCCUUCCAAGAGGAAGCAGUAUUACAUCAACAAGGCCAUCCGCAACUCGGACCUCACCCCCAGGGCCAAGGGGCGCAAGAGCCUGCAGAGGCUGGAGAACACCCGUUACCUGAUGACGCUUCUGGAGCGAGAUGGAUGCGGGAGCGAGGAGGGGGAACCCGUCCACUCCGCUGCCCCGAGCAUCUUCACCGAGGCCUGUAACAACGAGACCUACGUGGAGAUCUGGAACGACUUCAUGAACCGGUCGGGAGAAGAGCAGGAGCGAGUCCUGCUCUACCUGGAGGAGGAGACCAGGAAGAAGCACAGGAGGAAGCUGCCUGUCAAGAGUGAAGACAAGUGGAAAGAGCACGCGUCCUACUCGCCCCAGGAGUGCUUCCAGCGCAUCAGCCGCCGCCUGCGCGCCACCCUGAAGCGGGGCCGCAUCCCCAUGGGCACGCUGGAGGGGCUGGAGGAGGAGCUGCUGGCCUUCUUCUCUGUCACCCCUCACUCCGUCUACACAGCCCUGAUGGACAACAGCUUCGAGCGGCUCCUGCUCCAUGCUCUCUGCCAGUACAUGGACCUCGUCUCUGCCAGUUCGGACAUCGAAGGGAAGCGUCAGAUGAAAGUGAGCAACAAACACCGCAUCUUCCUGCCCCCCGAGCUCCUGCUCUCAGACUACCUGGGGCAGAUGAGCUGAUACCCGCCCCCAAGGGACCCCCAGCCCCUCGCUUUGGCACGCCGAAGUCUUCCUUCAUCCCUUCUCUCCCUGUUGAUGCCCUCCUGAGGGGCUC